AAAGUAUUGUCAAUGGUGGAUUAUGCAGGAAGUUCAGUGUUAAUCGUUCAGCACAAAAUUGAAACAAUAUUUUCGAACAAUAAAAAUUGUUACCAUUAGGCUGGAAUAAUGCUAACGGAAAAGGCUGAAAAAAUUUACAAUGAAACGAGCGCUUAGAUAGUUUGCCAGCAGCGAAAGCAAGAUAUAAAUAACGAAUCAAAUAAUUGAUACACAUCCAAUGACCGACAAUCUAUUCGGAAUGGCAUCUGUUUACGAUCACAACAUUAUUAACACGCUGUGGACCGAUAUAAUGAACGUACAUUGGAAGUUCCUGGAUGCAGAUGAAUCAUUAAAUAAGAUCGAUCUGCGGAAACAAUUGGAAGAACUAAUUUUCCAAUUUUUAUGCAACAUGCCGCACGAUCGAAAGUUCCUUCUUCCAUCAACUGUUCAUGUGCUGAAAAGUUCUAUCGCAAAAUUGGAAGAUUUUUCCGCAUACAAAGCAUCCAUUGGAUUUGAAGCAAUAAGUCAGUAUGCUAACAAUUUGUUCACGAAACCGUGGCGAAAGGAGUACAAGACAAUUAAGAUGUACUCUGGGUUUUAUCAGCAUGAAAUAGCUGCUAAUCUUAUCAAUGCUGAAAGAUUGUUUGAAGAAAUGGGUUAUCGGAUUAUGCCAAAUCAAACAUUAAUUCUUGAAGGUCCUAUUUGUCCCGAUAGAGUUACGAAUGUGUCAAGAGACGCUAUAACAGCAAAUGUCGAAUGCCAGAUCAUGAAGGAAAUCUACCGCGAGUUGACCGAAAUGUCACUACCCGUCAAUUGGUGCGACAUUUACAGUUUUCGGGAAUGCAACACAAUGGACGUUUUGCUAUCUGUACAACAAAUGGCAGCACUGAUUAAGGAAAAGCACCACAAGAAUCAACAAGCCCGGCGAAAAGAUACGUAUGGUAGCCUGCUAGCGCCAGCAGUUAACUCAUGCAAUUCGUGCAAUGCGUAUCAAUUUCAUCCACCUAUAACACAGCAGCAACCGGUACUUCCUGGUCCGCUUAUGGUUAUGCAUCCUCAUCAACAACCCACGAUACCAUUCUGUACUCAACCACUUUAUAAUGCGAAUCCUUGCAAUACUCAUACCCAACAGCCUAAUCUAGCAUAUGGAUUUCAUCACCACCAUAGCAGUUAUCCAAACUAUUUACCAGCGUCGCCAACCCAAUCCCACAUGCAUUCAAGCCAGUCUUCCACAAUCCCUCCUCAUCCACCUCCCCCUCUGGGAGCAAUGCCCCAUUCGAAAUCACUGGACCAUUAUCAGGAGCCUGCGACAGGGAUGUAUGGCUUGACCGCUUGUAUGCAACGCCAUUCAAUUGACCAACCUUCACAUGAUUAUGCUGCAAUUUCUUCUCACUAUGGUGGACCGAUGGGCAUGGCACCACCGGCUGGAACCUACGAUACCACGGAUGGCUGUAAUAUGAUAUACAACAACCAUCCUUACAACGUAUCGGGCAAUCGAUUUCCACUCCCCUACAACCUUUCAGCAACCAUAAAUCCAUGCAUAAAUGGAAAGGCGGGUGAUACGUAUUAUCACCAAUCCAGUAUUAGUAAUUUUCCUAAGCAAAUGGCACCAUACUAUCAGCACCAUCGGAGCAGCAGCAACGGUCAAUUAUGCGGUCAGCAGGUUCACUCACACAGGCAUAUGUCGGAUAUAUACAUGAACCAUAACUUCGACCAUAACACCACUGAAACACAGAAUCCCUCGAUUUUGAGCAAAAAGAAAAUUUCUUACGACGACUACGAUGUUCCAUCUAGAAAAGGUUAUAGCAGCGAGGCCAAACAAAGUUCGAAUGAUUUAAUUUAUAUAGAUACAAGAGAAAAAACAAAACAGGAACGAAAAAAAACAGAUAGAGUCGCUAGAAACCAGAAUGAACUGCUAGUGGAUUUCGAAAGCGACAUGCUACCGGACACAUUGGUAGAGCGAAACCAUCAACAGCAUCCUCAUCAUUUGCAUCAUCAAAUAUCCAGAAACUCAAGGCAAUCGGAUUUCGAUAGUUACGAAGAUGAACAGUUACAAGCAGGAGCAUACCAACGGGCAAAUAAUGUCAGCAGACGCAUAUCAAGUAAAAAUCAAGAUGGUAUUGGAUCGUACGAAUCUUGGAAUUAUGUUUUUCGGAACUUGGAAAAGCAAGGGUACAAUAAGGAUUUGGGCGAACGGGGGGAUUUUCUGGUGAAUGCUGAAGAAGAUGAAUAUCCAGUGCCAACCGACAGCCACAUUAGUCGUGGAAGCACUCUCAAACGAUAUAGCAACGACAAACUAAAAGCAAUGAAACCGAAGUUGGCCGAUAAGGUUGAUGGAAUCCGCAAUACUAAUGCGAUGGCAUUGAGAGAAAAUAAUGCUGUAAAACAUGAUCGAGAUAAUGAACGCAACGAAUUAGUUGCGCGUACUGCACAAAAAUCUUCGAUUCAAAAGUUAUCGAAGUCUACAUGCAAUAAACAGGCAGACAAUAACCAUAAGGCAAAUCACAUCGAUAGUAACAGUAAUUCCACUCAUAAUGGAACCGGAGGCACUAACAAUAACGCAAUUUCCGAGGGAAAACGAAAUUCGGUCACUCGAAAACUUUCAUCUUCGGCAAAGGAAAUUACAACUCCAAUUGCUACUAGCAAUAGUACCUUAACAAGUGGUGGAAUUUUAUUAAACCAUAAUAACAGCUUGGGUUAUCAUCGUGGAUCAUCUGCUAUGGGAAGUUCAGGAAAUAAAAAAUCAACCACAUUCGACACAGACGUAGAUACAAUAAUGAACUCACUUCAUGAUGGCGAUCGAAGUCGAAACAUGAACAAUCCUGUUGUUAGCGAAUGGAAUUGUAAGUUUUGCACAUAUUUAAAUCCUAAUUCCGUACGUAUUUGUGAAAUGUGUUGCAAGAGCCGAGAUUUCGACGUGAAUGGUAGUGGAGCAACGACUGCGGCGGCGAACAAUGGAGCCGCAACAUGUGUCUAACAGAACAAUAUUGUGAUCAAGAUGUAGGUAAGAGAGCUCAGAUGAUGUAAAAUCGACAAUGUAACAUGGUUAUCAUUAUUUAAACAAAUAAGUCGACCUUUACUAAAUUGGUCAUCCCUAACUAGUCACAAACUGGAAGAAUAUAAGAAACCUAUUAAAAUAUAUUGAAACUGUUAUACAUUACACUAUUUUUAAGAUUACACCAGACAGACGAAAAGAAAAAAUCUAAUGUCUAACAUUUGUAGCAAUUUCUAAACUACUCUAAACUAGUGUAAGCUCAUGUUU